AUGGAGCAAGGUGCAAGUGUGGAAAAACCCUCUGAGCUUCCUGAAGAUACCUUGCCUCCUCCAAUGGCCCCAGAUAAUCAAGUGCCUAGCCAUGAGCAGAAAAUGGAGUUGAAGCCUCUUCCACCCCACCUCAAGCAUCUCAACCAGGCUACUCGUAAGGAUCACUACCCACUUCCUUUUAUCGAUCAGAUGCUUGAUCACCUGUCAGUUGAUCCCGCAAAAAUAGAUGUCAUUUCUGGUUUACCUUACCCUUCCUUCGUGAGAAAAGUCCGUUCGUUUCUUGGUCAUGCAAGUUUCUACCAUCGAUUUAUCAAGGACUUCAGUAAGAUAGCACUACCCUUAUCCCGACUGCUGCAGAAGGAUAUUGAGUUCGAGUUGAGUGUGGACUGCUAA